AUGCCGCUUGCACCGCCGACACCGUCGUCUGUGUCGCCGCCCCUUCCGCAGCCAACACCGCCUGCGCCGCCGCCGAUGCCGCUUGUUCCGUCCAAGCCACCUCCGUCUGCACCGCCGCUUGCGACGCCGAAGCCGCUGUCUGCACUGUCGCUGCUACCGACGCCGCUGAAGCCGCCGCUGUCUGCACCGCCGGCGUUGUCUCCGCCGAGGCCGCUUGCACCCUUGACGCCGCCGUCGGGGCCGUCGCUGGUUCCGCCGCUGACGUCGUCUGCGCCGCCACCGACGCCGCUUGUGCCGUCGCUGAAGCCGCUGCCACUGCUAUCCCCGCCGUCGCCGCCGCUUAUGCCGCUGCAGCUGCCGCCACCGCUUGAGCCCCGGACGCCUUCAGAGCCGAAGCCGCUUGUGCAGCCGAAGGCAUUUGCCCCUAUGCCGCUUGGCGCCCUCCACGCCACUGUCUGCAGCGCCACUGCUUCCGCCGCAGGGCCGCUUGCGCCUCUGACGCAGCCGCUUCUGCCGCCGCCGCUUCCGCUUCCGCCGCCGCCGCUUCCGCCGGCGCCACACCGGCGGCUUAAGCGGCGUCUGAGGCGGUGCAGAGGGCGUUGGCCGGAGAAGAGGCGGCGGCGCAGUUGGCGGCGUCCCCAGACAAGCGGGGACGCUUCGGCGUCGGCGGCGCCAGCGGCCUGGGCUGCACAAGCGGCGUCGAGAUUCAAGUGGCGGCGGCGGCGCAGACGGCGGCGGCGAAGCGGCGGCGGUGGCGGCGCCUACGGUAGCGGUGGCGGCAGAGUCGGCGGCCGCAGCGGUAACAGCCGCGGUGCAGACAGCGGCGUCGGGGGCGCAGGCGGUUGCGGUGCAGACGGCGGUGGCGGCGCAGGCGGUUGCGGCGGCGGAAGCGGCGGCACAGACGACGGCGUCGGCGGUUCAGGCUGCCUCGGGGCAGAAAGCGGUGGCGUUGUAGACGGCGGUGGCUUUGGUGGAGGCGGCAUUGUCGGCGGCGGCGUAGGCGGUGUUGGCUGCGGAAGCGGCGGCGGCACAGACGACGGUGUGGGCGCUGCAAGCGGCAUUGGCUCAGACAGCUGGGCUGCACAAGCGGCAACCGCUUGGGCCUCAACGGCUCCAGCAGCGGCAGCGGCGGCGGCAGCGGCGGUAGCAGCGGUGGAGCAGACGGCGGCGUCGGCGCAGACUGCGUCGGCUGCACAAGCGGUGUUGGCGACUCAAGCGGCGGCUCCGGCGCAGAUGGCAGCAACGCAGAUGGCGGCGGCGGGGAUUGCUCAAGCGGCGGCAGCGGCAGCUCCAGCGAGGGCCAGCAACUGAGGAAGGGCAGAGAAGGCCAGAAUGACCAGAGAACCUGCUGCAGAGAAAGUCUUUUGGGGUUAGAGCAUCUGCACCUUCAGAAGCUGCGCUGAAGCCUUCAUAGGCAGCCUCUGCCAUGUGAGGGAAGGCACCUCCACCAGGUACUUGAAGAUGUGGGUUAGCUUUGGUGGGAGGACUUUUGUUGCUUAAGGUGUGGGAGAGGGUGGAGGGCUAUCCUUGAGGUCCUCUAUUCCAACUUGUUGAGGUUGGCUUUUUUGUAUUUGCAGGUGGUUGAUGUGUGGUUUUGGUUGUG